AUGAAGAAGUUCUAAAACUAGCUUCGCCUUUUCAAUUCACUUUGGUGGGUAAGUUUGGUGUCCGACAAUCGAAUCUUGAUGCUAUAAGAAAUUUUUUUUCUUCUCUCAAGCUUACUGGUUUUUAUUCGGUGGGUCUGUUGGAUUCUAGACAUGUGGCUAUUCAAUUAUCAAAUGAUCUUGAUUAUAGUAAGGUGUUUGCUAGACGUUCCUAUUUCAUUUAUAAUUGUCAAAUGCGCAUUUUAAAGUGGACUCCUUUCUUUGAUAUUAAGGAGGAAUCUCCUAUCGUGCCGGUUUGGAUCUCAUUCCCUAAUCUGCGAUUACAUUUUUUUAACUCUAAAGUAUUGCAUGCUCUUGGUUCUAUCUUUGGGAGGCCGCUUCAAACGGAUCAGGCUACUGCUGUAAGGACCCGUCAUUUUGUGGCUAGAGUGCUGGUGGAAGUUGACAUCUCUAAAAAACAUCCUAAGGAAGUCUGGGUCGGAUCUAAGGCUUAUGGCUAUUUGCAAAAGGUUGAAUUUGAAAAAGUUCCUGAAUUUUGUAACCACUGUAAAAUUCAUGGUCAUGCCCAAGUUGAUUGCUUUAAACUUAACCCGGAACUUAAGAAGCCUGUUGUUCAUAAUAACUGGAAUCCUAGUUCAACUGAGAAUAAAGAAAUCUAUUUUCCUAUACUUGAUCAUAAUGAAG